UGAGACCCAGCGACGUUCAUCAGCUCCCUCACAAGACGCCUGUAAAUUUACAUAUACUACUACAGCUGCUGCAAACCAGCUGAGCGCAUCAACAGAACGGGAAAAAAGAAGGACAUUUCUCCUGCGAAUAAAAUUGAAUAAAACUUUCUUUUUUUUAUUUUUUUCUAUUAACACCGGGUAUUGUGGGAACGCGCUACAUGUACAGUCGCACUUAUUCGAGCGCUUGAGGGUCACUUCAUAAACACUGGUUUGUCCCUGAAGGUUUCAGUUCAAAAGUGGCUGGGGGCUGGAGCGAGCCGGACCUGCUGGACUAUGCACCCCUGGGGCUGGCCUGCCCCCCUGAAUGCACUGGCCGGCGGGUUCCCAGAGCAGGAGGCACGGCAUGGUGAGCACCUUCAAGAUCGCCAUCCUCGGGGCUCAGGGGGUGGGCAAGACCGCCAUCGUGCGGCAGUUCCUCUUCAACGAAUACAAUGAGGCCUACCUGCCCAGCAAGACCCGGCGCGUCUACCUGCCUGCCGCCGUCCUGAACGAGCACGCCCACAACCUGCAGAUCAUGGACUUCCCGCCGAUCGCAUCAUUUCCUGUCAACACACUCCAGGAAUGGGCUGAUGCCCGCUGCAGAGGGGUCCACAGUGCUCACGCCUACAUCCUCGUCUACGAUAUCUGCUGUUUUGACAGUUUUGAGUACAUCAAGACCAUUCGACAACAGAUAUUACAAACCAGAAUGAUUGACACGCCCAUCAUCAUCGUGGGGAACAAGCGUGACCUGCAGAGUGGGCGUGUCAUCCCCCGGAGGAAUGUGUCCAACCUGGUGAAGAGGAGCUGGAAGUGCGGCUACGUCGAGUGCUCUGCCAAGUACAACUGGCACGUCCUGCUGCUGUUCCGCGAGCUGCUCCAGAGCAUGGGCUGUGCCCGCUGCAAACACGUGCACGCUGCCAUCCGCUUCCAGGGAGCCCUGCGCCGAGACCGCUGCAGCCUCAUGUGAGCGGGACUUGCCCUGGCUGUCAUGGGCCUCGGAAAGAAUCUGCUGUCAAGCAAGUCGUUACUAUAGACCGCUGGUGACAUUCCAGCCUGCUGUGGGCCACGAUCACAAACAAACCUAAUUCAUGUCAUCAGUCCGACCAAAUUAGGUUUCUACCGUGCUUUAUUCUCAAUAAUGGUCCGGUUGACCUUUUAAAAAAAAAUCACAUCUGAGGCACCUAUCAGAAUUCCCUUCAACUGCAAAGGGUGACGUCUCAGCCACUUAACGUAUUCUCUUCAAUGACCUGCACCUCCUUUAGAAAUCACAUAUACAGCUAUGGCCAAAAGUUUUGCAUCACCUUACAGAAUUAACAAAUUUAGCUUCAUAAAGUCAGAUGAAACCUGCUGAAUAAUGUUACAUUAACAUAUUUAAUUACAUACUGCUUUUUAGUUUGACAUAUACGAAAAACUGAGUGAUGUUUCAAAAUCUAACAUUAAAUACUGUACUAAUAUUAUGGCUUCCGGUAGACGUUUGCGAUAUCAUUUUGUAGUUUCUUUGAUUAUUAUUUUAUUAUUAUUAUUUAUUUCUUAGCAGACGCCCUUAUCCAGGGCGACUUACAAUUGUCACAUUAUUUUUACAUACAAUUACCCAUUUAUACAGUUGGGUUUUUACUGGAGCAAUCUAGGUAAAGUACCUUGCUCAAGGGUACAACAGCAGUGUCCCCGACCUGGGAUUGAACCCACGACCCUCCGGUCAAGAGUCUAGAGCCCAACCACUACUCCACACUGCUGAUUACAUGAUGUUAAAUAAAAGAUCAGAAUUAUGUUCAUAUAUAUAUAUAUAUAUAUAUUAAUUUUUAAAAUACUAGGUGAUGCAAAACUUUUGGCCAUAGCUAACUUCUAAAUAGUAAAGCUGUAUGUAACAGAGUUGUAUGACUGUGAGUAUCUGUGUAUGGGUUAUACCAAUACUCACAGCAUCUAAACCACUCGCUUCUACUUGUACAGAUAUCUCCUCGUACACAGACGUUAGUGUACUAUAACUCUAGAAUAAAGCACAUGCAUAUCUGAAUGACUUGAAGCAAGUGUGUUCUGUAUUGUUUCUUCAGCUGUUUUGUUCUGUAUUGGGUUUUUUGCUGUUCUCUCCCCCCACCCCCAUUCAUCCAAUAUAAAAUGUUCCCAUUCCAGUGUUGACAGUUGUUGUAAAGCUCUCCAAAGAUCUGUCCCUGACUGCUGCCUUUCUUUGUGUGAUGUUACAGGACACUUUUUUUAUGUCUUGAGUUUAAAAAUCCUUGUUUUUUCCCUGUCUAAUUCUCGAUAGCAUUUUGCGAGGCAGUCUCAUGUAUUUUUGUAUUUUGUAUAGCAUUUCAAAGAGCUUGAUUCUCUGAGCCAGUGAACAAACGCUGUGUUUAACAAACACUUCUACAAAACUGUACGAAAUCUUCCAAGGAUACUUGCAUUGUGAUACCAAUGAACUGCUCUUGAGUCAUACUGUAAUAAUUGAGUUUGUUUAAAAAAUGACUUGUGCUGGGUUUUGUCUUUUUUUUGUUUCACAUUUAGGGAUGUGCCUCUUACCUGUAAUAUGAUGGAUUGAAAUGGAUGAGACGUUAUAAAAAAAGUAAACGAUACUGAUAACACUAUGAAAUGCACUAACGAUCAAUGGUUUCACUUAAAGGCAUAUUAAGGGCCAGAAUCAAUUUUCUUAGUAGCUCCAGCAGCAUUAUUACUGGCCCCCCUUUCCUUGUGGAGUUAUUUGAGUUCUGUUCAGGUUUUCUGUUACUGUGGUGCUGGGAUGCCAGGCAGGCAGGCAGGCAGGGGAGCCAGGGGCAGGUGGACUGUGCUGUAAGUCUGAUGAUGACAGAGCAUUGCUUAUGUUCUAGUCAUUGGGGAGGCUGUACAGCUUGUACACUUCUGGCCUGUGUGUACCUGAAGCAAUGCCAGCAUACAGGCCACACAGCAAUGUAUGUCAGCAGUGGUGAUUUAAUUGGAGCAGGACGUUUCAACACACACAGGAGCAUUAGCAGAUGAAUUGGUCAGUUACUGUGUUUAAAAAAUGAAACGCCCUGAUUAAGCAACUACCAAAGUCAGUAACAUUAGCACAGCCGGUGAAAAAAAUUGAUAUGAUAGCAUGGACAUACAAGUGUGAUACAAUACGGAUGUACUGACGGUGUGUCUUGUGUGACCCAUAUAUAUAUAUAUAUGAUAUCUUCAAUAACUUGAGGUCAGAUUUGAUUACAAUGUGAUUUGUGGUUGUCUAAUGGAAGUGUGACACGUACUUAUGGACAGCUUGAUAUAUGGAUACAGAAGGAUAAGUGGAUCUCGAGAUGUGUAAAGCAUGGUAUCUGUAUGUAUGGAAGUACAGGUUUGUCUGUACACCCCCAGAUUAUAGUACUUUCAGUAACUUGCAGUAAAAUAUGCUCCUAAUUGCGUAAGCCGAUUCUCUACUUACAAUUAAAAAUAUCUUUAUUACCCGAUUCUUACUCUCAAUAGCCUAUUUUUGUGCCUCUGCAAACGGGAUAUAACUGAAAAAUAAGACCCGACAGUCCUAUUGCAAGUGACUCUGCAGCAGCAGUUGUGAUGCAUAGUUCACCUCCUAUCUCUGUAAGUCUCUCUGGAUAAAAGCAUCUGCUAAACGACUAAUUCAUAAUUAAUAAUAAUUGGAUUUCGAGUAGUUUGACAAGAGGCAAAUGCAGCACUUCCUAUUCAAGCGCUCUGUUAUGAAAGCGUGUUUCUCGAAGACGAAGCUGCCCUUCCUCCUCUGCUCAGGCACUGCUAAUCCCAUCAAGGGUGUAAUAACCAGAGCUUUAAAAAACAUGCCCCUUAUUACCCAGGCAACUGGAGACAGGGAGGUCAUAUAGAGGUUGCUUUGAAUUUGCAUUAGUCUCUAGAGAACUGCUUAUCAAAUUGGGAUGAAACCUAAGGUAAGGACAUUCUUAGGCACAAUGUAUACCUUGAUAAUGUGCUUUAAACAUGUGUUGAGCAUCCAGGCAUAUAAGGAGCUGGCUAUCUGUUCUACUGUAUGUGUAUGUGUGUGUGUGU